AUGUCCACAAUCUCCAAGGUUGGUCGUCUUGUCCUGCCAAGGACAGCCCUUCUGGUCUGUGACAUUCAGGAGAAGUUUCGUCCCGCUAUUGCCCAUUUCGAUGCCAUCGUCAGUGUAUCCAGUCGCCUCAUUGAGGCAGCGAGGCUUCUGCAAAUGCAAACCAUUGUCACUGAGAUGAAUCCCAAAGGUGAAUUAAUAUAACUUCCUCCCUCCACCCUCUCCUCCUCCUCCUCCUCCUUCUCCUCCUCCUCCUCCUCCUCCUCCUCCUCCUCCCGAACGACCCACCUGUUUUUUUCCGAAAGGCACGUUAUGUGCCUUUUCGUGUUCCCGAACUGUUGAGUAUAAUUAGACUUUAAAAAGGUUUUCUAAUUACCGAUUCGUGCGUAUGUGUAUUUAUCGGUAUUUAAAGGGUUACAAGCAGGGGCCUGGAUGACCCCAUUAAUGCAGUUAUUUUUCACAUAUUUACAACUGGUGUACAAUUACAAACAUUCGCAAUUGUGGUAAAGGUGCGCGAACUGAUUGCUUUGUGGAAAUCGAUUGCAACCGACAGGACAACGGACCCGUAACUCAGUGGUUAGGACGCUGAACUCAUAAUUAAAGAUCGCGAGUUCGGGCCUCGGAGGCUGCAUACCUCUGGGUGGGCUAUGACUGGCCAGUGACGGCUAACGAGCCAGAACCGGUCAUUCCAGCCCCCCCUCCCCCUUCUGUCAGUAAUGCUAUUCUACCUAUCCAGAAUUGUGUUCGAGUUUAGACUUCCGAUUUGCGUCUUCAGACCGCUCCUUACCCCCCCCCCCCCUUUUAUGUAGUCUUCACGGCUCAGUUGACCGCAGAUCAAGGUUUUAUUAAGACUGCUUUGACCCCGCCAAUGGCAGCGUAGGGCGGAGUCUAUUGCCAUUUCAGGAUCCGGAACGGUCGUCUAGGCCUUCGGACCGGGACCUCCACGGAGCUCAUUAGUAGCCCUGCCAAAUUUAUCUUUCAUAGACGUUUUGGAAGAUUUUGAAUAAUUCAUAUUGACCCAACUGUGAAAAACUCGGCGCCUCAGUGGGAUUCGAACGCACGCAGUAAGGGGAAGGCUUUGGUACAGCCAACGCUCUAACCACUUGAGCUACGAGGCCCUGCCGGACGACUCGAGUUUAAUCACAUUUCUGAAUUACGUGAGCCUGGUAGGCAUCUGGUGGAUUCUAGAUGAAUUACUCAGGAAAUCCUACUUAGACAGUGAACUUACUAUAUCAGAUUUGGUGGAUUCUAGACGUUGCAGUAGGCUGGCGGGUAAACUUGACCCAAAUGUGAUUAAUCUCGCCUCGUCCGGCGGGGCCUCGUAGCUCAAGUGGUUAGAGCGUUGGCUGUACUAAAGCCUUUCCCUUACUGCGUGGGUCCGAAUCCCACCGAGACGCCGAGUUUUUCACAGUUGGGUCAAUAUGAAAUUGAUCUUUGUCACUCGCGAAUAUUACCUCAUCACAUUUGGAAGUGUUUGGCGUGUUGCAGCAUGAAUCCCACGCACGUGACGCCCGACACCCAGUUUUCGCACGAUCAAGACAAAUGAGGAGUGGGUUUGGUUGAACCACUCUCUUCGGGAAAUUUGUCGUUGCCAAGUUAAUGGUUUAGCCUGGCGCGCGCGUCUCUAUACAAAGACGAUGCGCGUCUAACAUGAAAUCCAGCUAAUGUCAUGGUAUUGAUUUGUUUGGAUGAUUCCUGCUUCUGUAAACACCUUCGAUUGGUUGUCCUCUGACCUGAGCGCGCUCAAGUUGCAUCCAUUUGAAAGCGGCGGUCACGUGAUUCCUACUGUAGCGUCUUUGCCAAAGACGGAGGGAAGAUGUACGCAUCUUGAGGUGUGUGCGCAUUCUGCAUCCUCUACCUGUAGGCAUAAUACGUUCAUAUCCGUCCUGUUAUUUCAGUAAUCACGCUAUCUCUCGGAACCGUUUCUUCCUAUACUCAUUGGAGUUCUCCGAAGGCGCUUACGUCGACCAUUCACCAAUUAUAAGUCUGGCAAGGGGGUUAAAUGGAUAGUCUUUAUUAAUUGAAAACACAAGCGAAUAGCGAGCACAUGUCGAAGUCGAAGAUUAUCGCGUUGUUGAUCGGCAAAGUAGCGGCCAAGUUCACGGCAGUGUGCGCUCGCUGCUAUUGACGGUUGCUUCCGGGAAGGCUUGCGUUUUCAUGCAGUGGUAUCGCCGCUGGACAAUGAGGCUCGAGGCCUCAUGGGAGUGCGCUAGUUCCUGUCAGUCUCUCCCCCUCCCCCCUUUUAAACCAGAUAUGCCCUUAGUACUUGCGCUUGGGACAGUAUCUUUUCAUGCUAAACACUUGACUGGGCCCGCAUGACGUUUUAGUGUAACGCUACACCGUUCCUAUCAGAAUGAUAUGCCCUUUGAGUAAAUUACAGUUGGCAAUAUUGAUUUCCUUGUUUCUUAUUAGUUGUUUAAGCCCUGUUGGUGCCCUUUUGGCCCAGGGAAAGCUAUAUUACUGGGUUUCCUUCAUCAGUUCCUCCAAAUCUGGCCGGACGGCCUUUCCCCAGACCUGGCCUAUCGGACUGGUCUUAUACUUCUUGUGUUUCUUUCUGUCCUUUUGUGUCCUAUUGCUAAAGAAAUCCUGCCACCGACGAACACCUUUAAAUUGGUGGGGGCUAAAACUGGUGGACUUUCCGGGUCUGUAUCGUAUUCACGUUGACCUAAUAUUCAGCGUCUUGGUCUUCAAUGGGGCUACCUGAAGAAGUGGGUGGACAUGGGAAGCCACAAACGCACACCGCCCCUUGUUAUCCUGUUCACCGAACCCAUACCGACGGCUGUGAAAGACGGUCAAGAGGGGUGCGUUUUUCCUGCAACCGGGGGGGCCAACUCAGUCAGUAUUGUGGAACUCCGCUUGGGUAGAAACUUGCUCGCACGUCCUGACUUUGAUUUACCGAGUCUUCUGACCCACGGUGGCCUUGGUAGUGAGGACGGGGGAGAUGACGACGACACAUAUUUUCCCAUCUUUUAAUUUGACGUCAAUUUUCCAGUCCCUCGGUGGGCAAGGGUCGAUUACGCUGUUCUGGUCCCAAUUGUAAACGCAGCGUGGGCAUUGAAAGUAAAGUAAGUCGAAGGAGGAUGCUGCAAUCGUUAGUGGGGAAAAGUAGCCGAGGCUGAAACGGAAAAGGCAACCUGAUGUAUGAUAAAUCUGCUACGAGAUUGAAGGGGGCCUAGAAUUCCGCAUAAGACCUGGCUGACAGGACACGCUGGACAGCAUUACCCCAAACCUAACGGUAAACCUGACCGUAACUUCAAAACUAUACCCAAUCCUUAACGUAAUUAUAGACCUAACGCUAACUCUAAACUUAUCACUAACCCUAAACCUACCGCAGACCCUAGCUCUAACCCUGACAAAAAUCCUAACCUCAACUCUAACCCGAACCUUAUCCCCAAGCGUAACAGUAACCCCAACCGUAAUCCUACUUGAACACUAACCCCAACCUUAACACUAAACCUAAACCUAAACCACAAUCAAAGCCCCAACUCUAACCAGAACCCUUGAACUUAACACAAACCGUAACACUAAACCCAAUUCUCAGCCUGACACUAGCUCAAAGCCUCAAACUAGCCCUGCCUCUAAACAGAAACAUCAGGUUGCCAUUAUCCGUUGUUAACUUUGGCUACUUUCCCCACUAACAAUAUCAGCAUCUUCUUUCGGCUUACUUUACAUGCAAUGCCCACACUGCGCUUACACUUGGGAUCAGGACAACGUAACCGACCCCUACCCCUCGAUGUUCUGUGUUCUUCCUAUUGACCCAACUGUGAAAAACUCGGCGCCUCGGUGGGGUUCGAACCCACGCAGUAAGGGGUAGGCUUUAGUACAGCCAACGCUCUAACCAUUUGAGCUACGAGGCCCCGUCGGACGAUGCGAGUUUAAUCACAUUUGGGUCAAGUUUACAUGCCAGCCUACUGCAACGUCUAGAAUCCACCAAAUCUGAUACAGUAAGUUGACUGCCCAGGCAGGAUUUCCUGAGUAAUUCACCUAGAACCCACCAGAUGACUACUAGGCUCACGUAAUUCAUAGAUAUUUUGGCGGGGCCUCGUAGCUAAAGUGGUUAGAGCGUUGGCUGUACUAAAGCCUUCCCCUUAUCAUCCUGGGUUCGAAUCCCACAGAGACGCCGAGUUUUUCACGGUUGGGUCAAUAUGAAUUAUUUAAAUUCUGCCUGAAUAUCUAUGAGUUCUGUCUUCUAUUUUUUUCUAUACAAAGGCUGGCUUUACGGGCUUCUCAGAGUAGUCAUCACUGCAUUGUCAAGUAAAUACAACUUCUCCCCGUAUUCACUCUGCUUCUACCUACUUACCUUCUGCGUCUUCUGUAGGUCUGGGGCCGACGGUGCAGGAGCUGGGUGACCUCAGCGGAAUCCCCGUAUUUCCAAAGAUGACCUUCAGCAUGAUGGUUGAGGGUGUUGAAAAGGCGCUUGGGCUAGGCACCAAAAUCGACUCGGUGAUACUGUGUGGCAUAGAAACGCACGUCUGCGUUCAACAGACAGCCCUCGACCUGCGUCAGCGCGGCAUCGAUGUGCACUGCGUGGCUGAUGCGGUCUCCUCACGCAGCAUGGUGGACCGCCUCAUUGCCUUUGAGAGGAUGCGCCAGUCGGGUGUCUACGUCACUACCAGUGAGGCCGCUAUUCUGGGUCUAAUGAGCGGCGCCGACCACCCCCUCUUCCGCACAGUGCAGAAGUUGAUCAUCCCACCGGCGCCAGACAGCGGUCUGCUGUCCUGCGACGAUGGACGAGAAAAGAAACAGUAG